GCAGGCUUUUACUCUCAGAGUUUGUAAUAAGACACACUCCUCUUACAAGAGUUCAUACUACAACUUAGCAAAGACUUUACAUUUUUGGAAGAACAAAAUAUUCAUUUUGGCAUUGUGCAGAGCAAAGGGAACUCGGUGCCUUCCUCCAACCUCAAAAUGACAGCAACCUCUGCCGUCAGCGGCGCGCUCCUGUUCUCCCUUCUGUGUGAGGCAAGUGCUGUUGUCUUACUCAAUUCCACUGACUCAUCCUCGCCAACCAAUAAUUUCACUGAUAUUGAAGCCGCUCUGAAAGCUCAGCUCGAUUCUGCGGACAUCCCCAAAGCCAGGCGGAAGCGCUACAUUUCGCAAAAUGACAUGAUCGCCAUCCUUGACUAUCAUAACCAGGUCCGGGGCAAAGUGUUCCCACCGGCCGCCAACAUGGAAUACAUGGUUUGGGAUGAAAAUCUUGCAAAAUCUGCUGAGGCCUGGGCCGCCACCUGCAUUUGGGAACAUGGACCUUCUUACUUACUGAGAUUUUUGGGCCAAAAUCUCUCUGUGCGAACUGGAAGAUAUCGCUCUAUUCUCCAGUUGGUCAAGCCAUGGUACGAUGAAGUGAAAGACUAUGCUUUUCCGUAUCCCCAGGACUGCAACCCCAGAUGUCCAAUGAGAUGUUUUGGCCCCAUGUGUACACAUUAUACACAGAUGGUUUGGGCCACCUCCAAUCGGAUCGGAUGUGCGAUUCAUACUUGCCAAAACAUGAACGUGUGGGGAACCGUGUGGCGCCGUGCAGUGUACCUGGUGUGCAACUAUGCCCCCAAGGGCAACUGGAUUGGAGAAGCGCCAUAUAAAGUAGGGGUACCAUGUUCAGCUUGUCCUCCGAGUUACGGGGGAUCGUGUACUGACAACCUUUGUUUUCCAGGAGUAACGUCAAACUACCUAUACUGGUUCAAAUAAGCUUACCGGCUCUUCCAGGAAGUUGAAUGCUUUCUGGGAAUCAUAGGUCUAUAUAUAUAUUGAGUUUUGCACAUAUUAUACAUAUUUUAUAACAAUCUUGUUUUCCUUUUAUUAGUCCUUGUAUAAAUUAGUGUUUGUCUAGUAUGUUUGUUUAAUCUUUUGAGGUCAUCAGAACAUCCAUUUCUAUUUUCUGAUCUCUAACCCUAAAUUAAAAUAUUGUAUAGGUAGUAUUGAUAUCGUUGAUGCAUCCACUUCUAAAACUUGCUUUCCAAAAGAAUUAUAUUAUGUUCCUACGGCAUAAAAAAUCUAGUUGAUCUGUAGGGUAUGUGUGUGCAUAUGUAGACAUACACAUGUAUAUGCAUUUAUAUGUCCAUAUUUACACACACACACAUAAUAGAUGAUGUAACACAUUGCUAAUAAUAUGAUUCAGUAGUAAACUGAAGGGAAACUUAAAAUAUUCUAUUCAAAAUAUAUGUGAGGUGGUGGGACAUGUCCAGCACCCACCUCUGUAAUAGCCACAAAAUAAUAGUUUGCAAAAUAACCCUCAGUGAUAUCAGGACAUAAUAAAUUAAUUAAGCAAUCCCAGAUUUCAUUCUGGAGACAUUUUUUUCUUAUUUGGGUUUACGAAAGGUUAUGCUCCAACUAUGUAAGCUUCAAAUCCUACCUUUUACUUAAUCUCUUCUGGUUAUGUUCUCAUAAUGCAAAGAUAAUGAGAUUUGGUUCCUGCCUUCAGAAGCUCACAAAAAUAUUCAGGAAAUGAUACAGCCCAAUGAUUUGGCUGCACAAUUAUUCUUUGUUAACGAAUGGAUGUUCACGUAGCUGUGAGGAAGUGAACACAACAGCGGUGUCCGCCUGUAGGUGGAACAGGGGAUAAGCCACACUGUGGGGUAGGUAAGGCUCCUGAUUAGCGUGGCAUUUUAGCUGCCGUGCUUGGAACCAGAAGAGGCAGGAAGGAAUUAACAACUGCCCAGAAGGUACUGGAUUGGAGUAGACAGUUGUGCCUUUGGCAGAAAGGCAGAAAGCUAGACCCUAAGAACACUGAAGAGGCCCAAGAGAAGUAAGACUGGGGAGACAGAUAUGAAAGUCACAAAAACUCCAGGUGCAGAGCUGCGGGAGGGCCUGUCCUGAGGGCCUGGUGUAUCGUGAGGUCUGUCAGCAGGAGGGAAAGGACCAGAAAGAAACACCUCGGUACCAAGGACACUCCACUGCUUCACUGUGAUUGUGGGACUUCGGGGCUCAUAUGAAAGACCCUGGGUGCCCACCACAGACAGCAAUGACGUGUUAAACAGCCCCCUUCAGAACGACUUUCUGAGGACGAGUCACCAAAUUUUACGUCUAUGUAGACGAAUACUUAUCAGUUGAGUUCUCAAUUAGGAGCUCAAAAUAACCAUGAAAACUUCAUUCGUGUGAUUUUGGAAAGGCAACAUUUCCUCAUUCAGGAAAUUGCUUUCAGAGGAAACUCAAUUAUCUGGGCCAAGACACUUAAUGCUAUAUACCGUGUGUGUGUGUGUGUGUGUGUGUGUGUGUGUGUGUGUGUGUGUGAGAGAGAGAGAGAGAGAGAGGAGAGAGAGAGAGAGAGAGAGGAGAGAGAGAGAGAGAGAGAGAGAGAGAGAGAGAGAGAGAGAGGGAGAGGGAGAGAGAGAGAGAGAUGCUUAGGUUGUAUAAUACUUCCAUAGAAUUUCUGACUAAGAAAACAUGGUUAGUUCCAGAAUGCAAAUAACAGGAGGAAGCUACUUGUUUAAAAUUCCCUGCACACUUGCAGUUUCUUAGGGUGGCUGCACUGAGAGGGUAGAUAGUUAAUUAAAUCCAUUCAAUGCGGGAGGAAUGCCCACCUGGAGUUCUGAUGGACACGAUGACAAAUAAUUGGCCUGAUUCCUGUUCCAAACUGGAUAUGGUGACCAAAUGUUUUGACAUCCUAUUACUCUGCUUCUGUGGGCACCUAUAUAGACUUUAUCAAAAAUACAUAUUUUGGAGACUUAAAUGAAGGAUAGAAAUGAUCAUAUGGUUCAGGCCCCAAUUCAAAUUUUAUCUAACAUGCAAUAGGUAGUUGGAGACAAAUCUCAUUGGUAGGAUUUUGGCUUGAUUUCUGUAGAAAGUGUUUUCCAUCCCUGAUUUUGCUGCACAGAAGUAGAAAAGUACUAUUCAACCGAAAAUGACCAUGCUUAGUUCCAAUUCUGUUACUGGUUUACUCGUGUAGCUUGGUUUCUUAGUUUUAAAAAUGAACAAUGAUAUUUGCUUCACAUUUCACAGAGGUCCUUAGGAAGGUAAAAUUAUCAUAGUAAUAGGAUUUAUGAAGAUUAAAUUAUCAUUAAUGUGAAACUUUUCAUUAAAAGUAAGUUUUUUGUGAGCUUUUCCUUGGCAGAAACUCUAAUUCUUUGCAUUUAUCUCAGCUUCUUAUACGUUGGCUGUAAUGUAAUAAAUGUUUCUAUGAAUGGAUUUUCAGUAUUAACUAAAAACUCUAGAACUGCAACAAUUUAGAGGAAUCCCAACUUUCCAUGUUUUAUUAAGACAAAAAUGUCUUCAGUACAAAGCUUUGAAUGCAUCAAAAAUCCAGAUGAAUCAUCAGACAUAUCAAAUGAAGACUAAGGUCUACACACUUAUAACUUACUCAGCAGUCUGUUCCAAAUCAUGGCUAGAACUAAGUUUAUUUAUAAUUUAACAACUCAGCUAAAAAUGUAACGGGUAUAUUUGUUUGUCUAUCUAUACUUUUUAAAGUUAGUAAUAUAAUGUGGCCAUGUAAAAUGUUUUAUUUCCCAGGCUAAAGCAAAUGACAGUUUGCUAGUAGCCUGUCAUAUUUUUACAGCAUGCAACAAAGGUGCUAGGAUAACAAUUUCUCACUGUAAUGCCCAGAGGCAGGAAGGGUCUGGGGAUAAGCUAUUUUAUAAGAACAGCUUUAAACAGUCAGUAUUGAAGCUUUCAUUUCAAAAGGUUUCAUUCAAAAGAUACAGUUAUUGGCAUACAUAUUCUACACCAUGGAUCCUCUCUAUGGCAUAGUUUUUUCAUUUCCACCUUUUUUUUUUUAGUAAAAAGUAAAAAACAAAACCUGUCACAUUAUGUAUUUUUUGGCUUUCAUGUCAUCAAAAGACUGGGAAAAUGAUAAAUUUUGCUGUUAAACUGAUGGAUUCUUUGUAAAAUUGUAUUUGGGUUGCGUAGGCAACAGUCUUAAUGUUCCUGGUUAUGAUAGAUAAACUUGCUUUUACAAUGUGGCAGAACCAGCAUUUAUUAUCCCUUUUGCUUCUAUCCAGCAAUCAAAGUACCAUCACUUCUUUGAGCCAUCAGAGUGUCCCUACCAACUUCAUUUGGAAGUGAGGUCAUACUCACCGGAAACCAUGGAAACAGCCAUUUAAAGGCUCCAGGCAGCUUUGGCACAGAGUUGACCAAACACUAGGGCAAGUUCAAGCAAUACAAUUUACUCCAAACAUUUGAAUAAAAACCAUAUACAUAUACAUACACACACACACACACACACAUACACUCAUUAAAACAUGCUUCUGUUAAAUCAACUUAUAACAUCUACAUGAGCAAGUCUCGUACACAUUUAGGCCAGUUUAAGUAUUUUGUGUUCAUCCCCUGCUUAUCAUAUGAAUGAUAAGCUGAACAGGUCAUUUGAAUGUGUCCAUAGAGGAGAAGUAAUGCUCAGCCCGAGGUCUAUGUUCUCCACCUUGUGUGACAACAUUCCCCGGGUCCUGCGGUCUCAGAGGAUGAAAAUCUUGACAUGGAUGCAAGCCUUUAUCUACUGAAGCAUUUAAGGAAAGUAGAAUUAGAUUUCUACCAGUCUGACACUAUCAUUGCUUAUGUAUGAUUUUUUAAUAUUGCCAUUAUAUGUAUGGGGAAAGACAUGUUUAAACACAUGCAAAAUGAUUUUUUAAAAUUAUGUCAUGGUGUAACUUUGACUUAUGAGAGGCCAAUCAAAAACUUAGGAAGUUUAACAAUAACUUGCUAAUGGUGCUGAAAAUGCAUUACAACCACCAAAAUUGUUACAAUUUUGAGGUUUCUUUGCAAUUAAAGUUUUUAUUAAGUGUGAACUAUCAUUUAUUUUGGUGCUAAAAAUAUGGUGCUAAAUGAAUUGUUAGUGUUAAUAGCUUUCGUAAGGCUCUUUUUAGUCAUUAUUAAAAGUGUUAUCCAUUCAAUUCCGAUUUGGAAAUAAUAAUAAAAUCCUGUUAAAUUAAUCUUAACCAGAAACAGGCCAGUGAACUAUAUUUUUAAUCUAAAAGCCCAAAAUUAUUUUAGUGUUACAGAAUGUAAAUUUAUUAUUAUUAUUUUUUUUUGAAGUUACUAAUUUUCUUUUAAAGCAUUUCUUAGCUUGGCAAUGUCCAAAUUCAAAUAUUGCCUAAAGGUUAAACACCUACACCAACCAUACUGCAGACACUGGCGCCCUCUGGCGGUUGUAAAAACAAAUUCUUGAUGGCUACUUGGCCUGAAACAAAAAGCCCUUUCUUCUGUCCAAUAAAAAUUAAGCUGCAUAAUUUUAGAAUUCUCAAAUACUCUCUAAAUCUGACAGUAUUUGAAAAUGCUUGACUCUUUUGACAUACUUUUCUAAGAGAAUAAGAGCGAUACUAUAUCUUGGUAUCGACUUUGCUAAAUAAAAAUGUUUUUCAUGAUUUUCCAGUUCUGAGGUGCUUAUUACAAUGUUGUUGUUUUUAACUAGGCAUUACUAAAACAUUUUUUAUUUGGUUUACAUUUUAAAUACAAUUAGAUUUAAACUUAGCAAACAAGAUCAUAAGUGUGCUCCACUUUCAGAAGCAGUAAUUUAUUUUUACUUUGCAGAAUGCAUAAGAUAAAAAGGAGAUACGUUAAAAAAAUUAAUUCCACAUAGGAAAGGAUUAUCUCCUCACCUGGACUUGUUGGUCUAUAAUGUGAUAAUGUUCUUUGAUCACACUAUUGAGCUAAUAAUACAAUUUUAAUAUUCCAUUCAAACUCCUUUUAGCCUAACAAAUGUUUAGAAUCACAUCCCCUGUAACUAAAUGGGCCGUAUGCUUAGGCAAACUCUCAGGUGAGGUAUGUAAUCGACUGAUGUGAUCAUCUGUUUGGAAAGAGAUGUUUCUUAAACCAUGUUAACAUAACCUAAUGAAAUAUGCUUUGAGGCUGUUUUCCAAAUUAGUAUUUUCAAACUUAUUUUAAAGCAACAGAACCCUUUUCAUUAUCUCAAUGACAUACAGAGCUCUGACAUUCAAUACACAAAAAAUGGAUCUGCUAUUCCCCACACCUUCCCCAGUGCCUUGGAAGUUUCUUCUGAGAGCCCCAGGAUUCCAUCAAACAGAAAAAAAAAAUUGAUCUAAAUCAUCCAGUACCCCAGCCCAUUGUCUCUAAAAUAAUCAACGUAUGAAAGAAACAAAGUUUGAGGCUCUGAAUAAUUCCAAUGGUUCUUUUAAAUACCCACAUCACUUUGCAGUGUCAGAAAGCCUCUUAUUUGGAGAAUUAAAGGCUGACUUUAACUGGUGCUUGCUAUAGAUUACAUCAUCUUGUGUUACUUGACAAACAGAAUGUUGGUACCAUAAUAUUUUAAGAAUUAGAGAUAAUUGUGAUGCAUAUUUGAAAAUAAUGUGUUUUUAAGGUAUCUAAAUGUUUCAACUAUGUACAUAAACCUACCAUAUAUUGUAUCAUUUUAGAUAUUUUUAUUAAAAAGGUUAAUUUGGA